GCUCAACCCCUCGCUGCUCAACCCCUCGCUGCUCAACUCCUCGCUGCUCAACACCUCGCUGCUCAACCCCUCGCUGCUCAACUCCUCGCUGCUCAACACCUCGCUGCUCAACCCCUCGCUGCUCAACUCCUCGCUGCUCAACCCCUCGCUGCUCAACUCCUCGCUGCUCAACCCCUCGCUGCUCAACUCCUCGCUGCUCAACCCCUCGCUGCUCAACCCCUCGCUGCUCAACCCCUCGCUGCUCAACUCAUCGCUGCUCAACACUCCAGCUCGACUCACCGUAGCUGUUGUCACCGCAUUACCACCAACAGCGCUCCCUCUCAUUUCCUUUUACUAUUACGCUAUUUUUUUAUCAUUUGUAAAUAAAUUUUAUAGCAUUAUAUAGCUAAUUUCACAUGGAAGAAGAUGCAACCUUCAAAACUAUACCAACCCUUGUAGGUAUCGUGUGGUAACAUCUGCAAUGAAGUUCCCUGCGCAAUAUACGCAACCUUCGCUGGCCGUAACUAAGUACCGUAUCUUCCCCACUCUGAAAUCACACAUAAAAAAUAUAUUAUUUUUACGUAGAACACAACGCUACACAUGUAUAUAUCAUAAAACACUCGAUUUUCGGUGGUGUGGGACGGAUUAAAGCCCAAGCGGGCCUCGCUUAGAUGGGAGUGAGGGCGUGCGUACCUCCUUGUGGGACCCCCUCUGGGGCAAACUGAUGAACAAAAUGGCUCCGCGCUCCUCUCCUGCGCCCCAUAGAGAGGUUGCCAUAUGUUACCAUGAAGAAACUUAUCCCACUGAAUAACUAUACCAAAUUAGACGCAAUUUCAUCAGAAACUUUAUUUUUAAUGAAUAUUUUAAAGUUUUAUGACGCAAAAUGCGUCAUCGUGCGCCAGGACCUUUUUCCCUUAUUGACUCAAAACGAGUCAUCGUGCGCGAGAGGGUUAAUAAGGUAGAACAACAAAUUAUUUGUGAGGAGAUUACCAAACUCUUAAGGCUCAAGGUGAUUAAGGUUACGCAGAGGAAGGCGGAUCAAAUUAUUUAUCAUUUUUUUAAGGGAGAAGAAGAACGGUGAAUUUAGGUUGGUGCUCAAUUUAAAAGAAUUAAACAUCCAUAUCCCAUACAUACACUUUAAAAUGGAGAAUUUUGAGCAAGCCAUUAACCUUAACAAUGCAGGAGACUAUUUGGCUUCAGUAGAUCUGAGACAUGCAUAUUACUCGGUAAAGAUUGCAGAGGAGCAACAGAGAUUCUUUUGUUUUAAAUGGCAAGGUACAGUUUACCAGUUCACUUGUCUUCCAAAUGGUAUUUCAGAGGGUCCAAGACUUUUCACAAAACUGAUGAAACCUGUUUUUGCAACUCUGAGAGAGAAGGGUUACAGUAUUAACAGCUUUAUAGAUGACACACUUAUUUGCAACAGCACCAUGCAGGGAUACUUGGCUUGCAUACAAGAUACAAUCAAUUUGUUGAGGAAACUGGGUUUCUGCAUUAAUGAAGACAAGUCAGUCCUGGCCCCAACACAACGCCUUGAAUACUUGGGCAAUAUCAUUGAUACCAACAGUAUGAGAAUUUCCUUGCCGGAACACAGGGUAGAAAAGAUAACUCAAAGCUGUAAGGAACUCCUGGGCAAGCAGAGAGUCAAAAUCAGGGAAGUGGCUAGGGUCACUGGCCUACUGGUGGCUGCCAUCCCAGCAGUGGAGUUGGAAAAACUGCACUACAGGAAGUUGGAAACUGCGAAGAUUGCAGCUUUGCAGAAGGAGAAAGGAAACUUUAGCAGGAGGAUGACUAUCACUAAUGAGAUGAAAGCUGAUCUAACUUGGUGGUUAAAUAAUAUUUCAACACAGGAAAGGCAAAUAUUCAGAGCAAGCACAGAUAUUGACCUGUACACGGAUGCAUCUGGUACAGGCUGGGGCGGUCACCUAAAUCAGCAGACCACUAGUGGUUUUUGGUCAAUAGAGAAGAAACAAUUCCACAUCAGUGCUCUUGAGCUCAAAGCAAUCCUCCUAACACUUAAGACUUUCAGACUGGAGCUCUGUGGGAAGUACAUCAAAGUUUUCUGCGACAAUACUACGGCCAUGACAUAUAUAAAUGAAAUGGGAGGUACAAAGUCACUAAUUUGUAAUGAUAUCUCCACUUCAAUUUGGGAAUGGUGUGUAGCUAAUAAUGCAUGGGUCACAUGUUCACACAUACCAGGAAAAGAAAAUGUUAUGGCGGACAUUACAUCUCAUAGAGUCAACGACAGGCACGAAUGGAAGCUGAAUGAACUCAUUUUCCAAGACCUAUGUCACAUUUUUGGCACCCCUUCCAUUGAUCUGUUUGCAUCUAGACUUAACAAACAAGUGGCCUAUUUCUGUUCAUGGAAGCCAGACCCAGAGGCAGCUUAUUUCGAUGCUUUUUCAAUUAAAUGGACGAUAUUUGACCUCUUACAUUUUUCCCCCACUCUAUUUAAUCACUAGGUGCC